AUGAGGCUGGUCAAUGGCACGGGCAGAUGCCAAGGUCGACUUGAAGUGAAUUACAGAGGAGCCUGGGGGACGGUCUGUGAUGAUAGCUGGGACAUCCAGGAUGCAGAGGUUGUCUGCAGAAACCUUAGAUGCGGAACGGCAAUAUCAGCAGCAGGGAAUGCCCAAUUUGGCCAAGGCUCAGGCGAUAUUCUCCUGGAUGAUGUGCGCUGCCAAGGAAAUGAAUCUUCUCUUCAGCAGUGCUCCCACAAUGGGUGGGGGACCCAUAACUGUGGCCAUUCAGAAGAUGCUGGUGUCAUCUGCUCAGGUCCUGCCAUGAGGCUGGUCAAUGGCAAGGGCAGAUGCCAAGGUCGACUAGAAGUGAAUUUCAGAGGAGCAUGGGGGACGGUCUGUGAUGAUGGCUGGGACAUCCAGGAUGCAGAGGUUGUCUGCAGAAACCUUAGAUGCGGAACGGCAAUAUCAGCAGCAGGGAAUGCCCAAUUUGGCCAAGGCUCAGGCGAUAUUCUCUUGGAUGAUGUGCACUGCCAAGGAAAUGAAUCUUCUCUUCAGCAGUGCUCCCACAAUGGGUGGGGGACCCAUAACUGUGGCCAUUCAGAAGAUGCUGGUGUCAUCUGCUCAGUGUCUGUCGGAAAUGAUACACCAGAUUCAGCCACAGAUAUACAAAAAAUUAAAGAGCCCCCACGAAGAUUUAAAAUCAUGGCCAACUCUCAGGAAGAGGACACGUUUGCAAUUGUUCCCAUGAGGCUGGUCAAUGGCACGGGCAGAUGCCAAGGUCGACUUGAAGUGAAUUACAGAGGAGCCUGGGGGACGGUCUGUGAUGAUGGCUGGGACAUCCAGGAUGCAGAGGUUGUCUGCAGAAACCUUAGAUGCGGAACGGCAAUAUCAGCAGCAGGGAAUGCCCAAUUUGGCCAAGGCUCAGGCGAUAUUCUCCUGGAUGAUGUGCGCUGCCAAGGAAAUGAAUCUUCUCUUCAGCAGUGCUCCCACAAUGGGUGGGGGACCCAUAACUGUGGCCAUUCAGAAGAUGCUGGUGUCAUCUGCUCAGUUGUUCCCAUGAGGCUGGUCAAUGGCACGGGCAGAUGCCAAGGUCGACUAGAAGUGAAUUACAGAGGAGCCUGGGGGACAGUCUGUGAUGAUGGCUGGGACAUCCAGGAUGCAGAGGUUGUCUGCAGAAACCUUAGAUGCGGAACGGCAAUAUCAGCAGCAGGGAAUGCCCAAUUUGGCCAAGGCUCAGGCGAUAUUCUCCUGGAUGAUGUGCACUGCCAAGGAAAUGAAUCCUCUCUUCAGCAGUGCUCCCACAAUGGGUGGGGGACCCAUAACUGUGCCCAUUCAGAAGAUGCUGGUGUCAUCUGCUCAGGUAUCUUUGGAGUGCUCUCCAUGAGGCUGGUCAAUGGCACGGGCAGAUGCCAAGGUCGACUUGAAGUGAAUUACAGAGGAGUCUGGGGGACGGUCUGUGAUGAUGGCUGGGACAUCCAGGAUGCAGAGGUUGUCUGUAGAAACCUUAGAUGCGGAACGGCAAUAUCAGCAGCAGGGAAUGCCCAAUUUGGCCAAGGCUCAGGCGAUAUUCUCCUGGAUGAUGUGCGCUGCCAAGGAAAUGAAUAUUCUCUUCAGCAGUGCUCCCACAAUGGGUGGGGGACCCAUAACUGUGGCCAUUCAGAAGAUGCUGGUGUCAUCUGCUCAGGUAUCUUUGGACUACUUCCCCCUCCCCCGGGCACAUUUCCAACACAUUCUUUAAGAGAGGAUGUUCCCAUGAGGCUGGUCAGUGGCCCAAACAGAUGCCAAGGUCGACUUGAAGUGAAUUACAGAGGAGCCUGGGGGACGGUCUGUGACGAUGGCUGGGACAUCCAGGAUGCACAGGUUGUCUGCAGAGAGCUUAGAUGUGGAACAGCUGUAUCAGCACCAGGGAAUGCCCGAUUUGGCCAAGGCUCAGGCGAUAUUCUCCUGGAUGAUGUGAACUGCCAAGGAAAUGAACCUUCUCUUCAGCAGUGCUCCCACAAUGGGUGGAGGACCCAUAACUGUGGCCAUUCGGAAGAUGCUGGUGUCAUCUGCUCAGAUGUAUGGUACUAUCACUCUCCCCUUGAGAAACAUGUUAUUUGGGCAUGACAUCUAAUGGGAUAUUGCUUAUUGUUCCAAGAUGUUCCCAUGAGACUAGUCAGUGGGCCAAACAGAUGCCAAGGUCGACUUGAAGUGAAUUACAGAGGAGCCUGGGGGACGGUCUGUGAUGAUGGCUGGGACAUCCAGGAUGCACAGGUUGUCUGCAGAGAGCUUAGAUGCGGAACGGCUGUAUCAGCAGCAGGGAAUGCCCAAUUUGGCCAAGGCUCAGGCGAUAUUCUCCUGGAUGAUGUGCACUGCCAAGGAACUGAAUCUUCUCUUCAGCAGUGCUCCCACAAUGGGUGGGGGACCCAUAACUGUGCCCAUUCAGAAGAUGCUGGUGUCAUCUGCUCAGAAACAGAUGUUCCCAUGAGGCUGGUCAGUGGCCCAAACAGAUGCCAAGGUCGACUUGAAGUGAAUUACAGAGGAGCCUGGGGGACGGUCUGUGACGAUGGCUGGGACAUCCAGGAUGCACAGGUUGUCUGCAGAGAGCUUAGAUGCGGAACAGCUGUAUCAGCACCAGGGAAUGCCCAAUUUGGCCAAGGCUCAGGCGAUAUUCUCCUGGAUGAUGUGAACUGCCAAGGAAAUGAACCUUCUCUUCAGCAGUGCUCCCACAAUGGGUGGAGGACCCAUAACUGUGGCCAUUCGGAAGAUGCUGGUGUCAUCUGCUCAGAUGUAUGGUACUAUCACUCUCCCCUUGAGAAACAUGUUAUUUGGGCAUGACAUCUAAUGGGAUAUAGCUUAUUGUUCCAAGAUGUUCCCAUGAGACUAGUCAGUGGGCCAAACAGAUGCCAAGGUCGACUUGAAGUGAAUUACAGAGGAGCCUGGGGGACGGUCUGUGAUGAUGGCUGGGACAUCCAGGAUGCACAGGUUGUCUGCAGAGAGCUUAGAUGCGGAACGGCUGUAUCAGCAGCAGGGAAUGCCCAAUUUGGCCAAGGCUCAGGUGAUAUUCUCCUGGGUGAUGUGCACUGCCAAGGAACUGAAUCUUCUCUUCAGCAGUGCUCCCACAAUGGGUGGGGGACCCAUAACUGUGCCCAUUCAGAAGAUGCUGGUGUCAUCUGCUCAGGUACCUUUGUGUUCCAAGAUGUUCCCAUGAGACUAGUCAGUGGGCCAAACAGAUGCCAAGGUCGACUUGAAGUGAAUUACAGAGGAGCCUGGGGGACGGUCUGUGAUGAUGGCUGGGACAUCCAGGAUGCACAGGUUGUCUGCAGAGAGCUUAGAUGCGGAACGGCUGUAUCAGCAGCAGGGAAUGCCCAAUUUGGCCAAGGCUCAGGCGAUAUUCUCCUGGAUGAUGUGCGCUGCCAAGGAAAUGAACCUUCUCUUCAGCAGUGCUCCCACAAUGGGUGGGGGACCCAUAACUGUGGCCAUUCGGAAGAUGCUGGUGUCAUCUGCUCAGAAAAUGAUACACAAAGUACUGUUCUUUGGGUAUAACUUCUAACGGGAUAUUGCUUAUUGUUGAAAGUUGUUCCCGUGAGGCUCGUCAAUGGCACGGGCAGAUGCCAAGGUCGACUUGAAGUGAAUUACAGAGGAGCCUGGGGGACAGUCUGUGAUGAUGGCUGGGACAUCCAGGAUGCACAGGUUGUCUGCAGAGAGCUUAGAUGCGGAAUAGCUGUAUCAGCAGCAGGGAAUGCCCAAUUUGGCCAAGGCUCAGGCAAUAUUCUCCUGGAUGAUGUGCGCUGCCAAGGAAAUGAACCUUCUCUUCAGCAGUGCUCCCACAAUGGGUGGGGGACCCAUAACUGUGGCCAUUCGGAAGAUGCUGGUGUCAUCUGCUCAGGUGCCCAGCAGCUGCGUUUAGUAAACGCAUGGAACAGAUGUGCCGGGAGAGUAGAGGUUCAUUAUCAAGGAAGUUGGGGGACUGUUUGUGAUGAUGACUUUGGCAUGAAGAAUGCACAUGUAGUGUGCAGACAACUUCACUGUGGCGAGGCAACAACUGUGCUGGGAUGGUCUUAUUUUGGCCCAGGGUCUGGAGACAUCAUCCUGGACGAUGUGAACUGCACAGGAAGUGAACUCUACCUCUGGAACUGUAGUCAUGCUGAGUGGUUCAUAAAUGACUGUGAACACAAUGAAGAUGUCAGUGUCAUCUGUUCAGGUAACAUCUCUCUGUACACUUCCAAUUGUUGUAGAGCUUUUGAACUGCAAACAAACUUCAAGGAAUACAACUACUGA